GCCGGUUCGAGAUACACCGAGACGCCGAAGCGCUUGGCAGAGCUCGGGAUAUGGCCCGCCGCGCACAGCGACGGUGGUAACAAGCCAAGAGAUCAGCUGGCCUGCCCAUUGGCGGCAUAGUUUUGGUCCGGCUAUUGCCAGGCCAGGAAGCGGUUAUGGUAAUGUACGGUGUGCCGUCAUAUAUGGUCGACGCGAGAUGUCUUCGACCGUAUCUCUUUCCACGAUCAAAUCACCUAUUGCACACUCGCGUGGGAUACGGGAAUCAUGCGCGGACUGAGGCUUCUCGCAACCCUGCUGCUGGCUGCUCUGUCGGAGACGAGAUACAUCGUGCCCGGAGGAAGAUGGUAUGACACGGAAGGCAAUCUGAUCAGCGCACACGCCGGUGGCAUCGUCACCGACAAGAGCACGGGCAAGUUCUGGUGGUUCGGCGAGUACAAGACGGAGAGCCAUCCGGAGGGCGGAGGCGUCUCGGUUUACAGCUCGAGUGAUCUUGCCACCUGGCAGUACCACGGGCUUGCUCUUGCACCGAUCGAAGGGCACGAGAUCAUCUCGCCGAAGCACAUCAUCCAGCGGCCCAAGGUGGUGUACAGCAAAGUCAGCAAUGAGUAUCACAUGUGGUGGCACGCGGACAACUCCUCCUACGGCCUGCUCCUGCAAGGCUUCGCGCGAUCGCCCAACAUCUCGGGGCCAUACGAGUUCGUGAGCGCCACGGCCCCGCUCGGCAACUGGUCGCAGGACUUCGGGCUGUUCACCGACCGCAAGACCGGCCAAUCUUACGCGCUGUACUCCAACGGCGACAGGCGCGAGGGCCGCGACGUGUACAUCACGUCCUACAACGACGACAUCUCGGCGCUCGACCGCGUCGUCUACCGCUUCCCCAAGUUCGACCUCGAGGCGCCGACCAUCGUGCAGACAGACCGCAGCUACUACGCGCUGAUGAGCCACAAGACGGGCUACCGCCCCAACAACGUGGUCGCCUUCCGCGCCGACAGCCUCGCGGGGCCCUGGUCGCAGCCGUUCAUGGUCGCGCCGCUCAACACGCGCACCUUCAACUCCCAGUCCGGGUUUGCGCUGCGCAUCGAGGGCACCAGGCGCACAACCUACCUCUACCUCGGCGACCAGUGGGACUCCAACUCGAUCUGGGAGAGCCGGUACAUCUGGCUGCCGAUGACCAUCGACGACGGCCAGGGCACGCUACGACUCGAAUGGCACGACGUGUACGACCUGGACGUCACAACGGGGGAGUGGGCCCCCGUGCGCGGGACGACGUACUACGCCGCCUCGAAAGGUACGCGCACCAGCGGCGGUGCCUUCAAGCAGGAGGCCAACUUCGCCAGCUACGGCACGAUCGCCGCGGGCAUCUACGGCAACGACAGCACGGUUACCUUCGAGGGCGUUCCGGGUGCCGGCGCGCCGCAGUGGGUGUCGUUCUACUACCAGAAUACCGACGACAUGGGCUUCGGCGACCAGCCAGGCGGCACGCCCGACCGCAUUGGCGGGUCGUGGCAGCUGCGCCGGAUCGCGAGUGUUGUGGUCAAUGGGGACGUGGAGAACGUGCACACGCUGUACCAGAGGGAUACGCACAAGGGGGUGAUAAUGUCGACGCCGCUGCUUCUGAAGCUUGGGAAGGGGCGGAAUAAUACGAUUACGGUGGGGGGAUUGUCGAAUGGGUUUGAUGUCAAGGGGGCGGACCUGGAUCGGAUUGUGGUUUAUCCUCCGGAGGGGAAAGCGCGGUCAUGAACCUGGGAAUUACCAAAGUUCGGUUUGAUUCAUGGUGGAGGUGAGAUGUUCUGGGGGCUCAGGGCUGCUUAUGCCAGGGGUGAGGAGGGUGCAGCGGUCUUACAUCCAGCCUAUGCGAGCAACGCCCUCCGCCCCGUGACUUCGUGGGAAUGGACAUCGAGGUUACACACAACAACCGACCUGAAUCCUAACAGUCCAGGGCCCACGAAGCGAUCACACUCCAGCUCCCACCCCAAGCCUGCUCGGAUCAAGACCCCGAGUCUGAACCAGUCGCGCGGAAAAGCUAG